CGAGUUCUUCGGCGGUGGGCGGUUGAUUCAUAAUUAACUGCCGAAGCUCCCAGUCAGGGGCUUCUCGAAGCUCCCGGCAGCCGGCAUUGGUUUCAUACAACAUUCGUAGCAACAGAAGGAGCCAAUCACAGAACAGAUCACCGCUGACUGCGUAUUUUGAACUGUGUACAAACGGACAGGACUGAGAACAGGCAGAGAGGUGAUGCUUCGCUCCUCUCUGUUAUGAAUUUUGGUUGUUUGAAGCUAUCCAGAAAUAAUCGCGACAAAGAGGAAUUUUACGAUGAGAAAGAGCGAGGUGCUGGCAGCAGAGGCUGUGUCAUGCCUGAAUAAAGCCCUGUGCCACCUGAAGGACAUCUGGGAGGAAAUCGGUAUCCCCGAGGAUCAGAGACUGCAGAGAACUAAUGUUGUCAAGAACCACAUAAAGAACUUACUAGAUAUGAUGAUCAAAGAAGAGGAAUCUCUGAAGAAGAGGCUCAUAAACAGCAUUCAGAUAUGCAGGACAGAAAUGGAGAAACUCUGCCUGGAGCUUCAACUGCCUGUGUUUGAGGAGGAGAAUGGGAUCAGCAUGCUGCAGCAGGAGAAGAACAUCCGCACACAGGUGGAGGCUCUAAUGAAGGAGAAGACUCAGCGGAAGCAGCAGCUGAAGGUUCUGCUGGAGCAGGACCAGGACCUGUGUGAUGUCCUGUGCUCCAUGCCUUAUGGCAUCGCUCCAGACUCUGUCCCCACACCGGAUCAACUGGAGAGCUUCAGCCAGCAUAUUGUUAACCAGAACGCAGAGAAGGUGAGGCGGUAUGCUGAGUUCAUGGACCUCAAAAGGCAGAUCACCUUGCACAUGGAGGAGCUGGACUACAUCCCAGAGACCAGCUUUGAGAAUGACGUCAUCUGUGAGGAUGAGGACUCUUUUUGCCUUUCCAGAGACAAUAUCGCGGCACUCAAACUGCUGGUUUGUCAGCUUGAGGAACGUAAGGCAGAGAAUGAAGCUAUGUGUGAGGCUCACAGAGAGAAGAUCCAGCGGUUGUGGGACAGACUGCAGGUGCCCCAGGAGGAGAGGGACGCCUUCAACGAACACAUGGUCAUGUCCAAAAAGAGGAACCUGGAGGCGUUGCAAGCAGAAAUUCAACGUCUGGAGGAGCUCAAACUACUAAACGUCCGCAAUGUCACAGAUGCCCUCCGCUCCGAGAUUGCUGUGUUUUGGGAAAAGUGUUUCUUCAGCACUGACCAGCGGCAGGCAUUUUCUCCGUAUUUCAGUGAGGCUUUUACCGAAGAGCUGCUGAGUCUGCAUGAUGCUGAGAUCCAGAGGCUGAAGCAGCAUUAUGAGGACCACAAAGAGCUUUUUGACGGAGUUCACCAGUGGGAAGAAAGCUGGAGACUCUUCCUUGAGCUGGAGAAUAAAGCCACAGAUCCGACAAGAUUCACUAACAGAGGAGGGAACCUUCUCAAAGAGCAGAAACAGAGGUCUGAGCUGCAGAAAAGUCUGCCCAAGCUUGAAAAGAAACUAAAAGCCCAGACUGAUGCAUGGGAAAAUGAACAGAAUCAGGAGUUUCUGGUAAACGGUCAGAAGUUUCUACAGUAUGUGGAGAAACAGUGGGAGCUGCACCGAAUAGAGAAAGAGAAGGAGAAACAAGAGAGGCAUCUAAAAAAAAGCAAACAGACCGAGGAGGACAUGCUGUACGGGACAACAGUGCGAACCCCCACCAAACGCAGAUUCCUUUGCACUACUACCCCAAAUAAAUCCAGAAAGCUCAACGUGACUUCGAGCAUUUCCAGUGCCACCUCUUACAGCAACAGCCGCUCUGUGUAUGGUGGAACUGUGUGUCGCUCACCUGUGUCCCGCCCACCUCUCUCAGCAAACAAGGUGCCAGUAGCAAUGACGCCAGGUGGCAGUAAAUCCCCCCACCCACUACUGCAUGGCUGUAACAAGGAGAACAAAGCCCAGCUAAAGGGGAGCCCUCUGAGUGGUGCGUUGCUGACCCCUGCAGGUCCACAGCGUAACUUCAGCAUAGCCUCUGUUGCCAGCACAUAUUCAGAGUUUGUGAGGAACUUGGUCAACCCUGAAUCUGUUCAAGGUGUGUUUGGAAUCCUUAAACUGUCGAGACCUGUCCAAGGCCUCUAACGCCAAGAUCCAGCACAACAUCCUGAACUCCACCUCCACUAACCUUUGACCUCUCCACUCUGUGGGGGACUGCGUCAGAUAUCACAGUAGUCCUUUCAACGAAGUUCUGAUCUCCUUUAAAAUAGAUCAUUGGCUUUCACUGCCAUCUACUUUUAUAUGUAAAUGAAGGUCAUAAUAUAUUGAGUGUUAAAACAGUGAUAAACGAGUACGAUCACUGUAAGAGGAAAAAUCUGUUUGUAUCAGCAGUUAAACUAACACUACUUGGGCUCUUAAUUUUUGAGAUGUAAUAAAUGUCUGCAUUUUAUACGGCACAUUUAAAAAAACAAAGAGAGAAAAAAGAAAGAACGAAAGAA